AUUAUUUAUAAAUUGUUGGUAAUUUAAAUAUCGAACCUGGUAUUCCGUUAAAAAUUUCAUCACCACCUUGGACGAGAGGCAUUUGGCUUGGCUUCAUUUUAUUUUCCUAUAGCUACAUUUUCUGUUGUGAAAAUGGAUCAAGAAGUUCAAAAUUCUGAUACCGAAGUUUUCGGAAGAUGCAGGUGCUGCUUAGAACUUGGCAACGUGAAGGACAUGUGGACUCCGUAUCCAUGGGAUGGAGCUAAUGAAAUCUAUGGUGAAAUGCUCAUAGAAACCUUCUCAAUAACUUGGGAUUCGUCAGCGACCAAUGAGGUGAUAUGUGAAAUGUGUGUGGGAAGACUACGGGACGCGCACACUUUUAAAAGGGAGGUGUUGGCCAGUGAAAAGUUGCUAAUGGACGGAGCCUUAGAUUCUGAAUCAGAAUCCGUUAAUGAAGAAAAGUUAUCGGAGAUGGAUCAGUACGAGAUCAUUACAUACCACGAGGAAGGCGAAGAAGACAACGAGGAAAUUGUAUUCGAGCAGAUUGAAGAGGAUGAUGUGCAAAUCAAACAAGAAGAAGAUGAGGACAUUGAAUAUGAGGAAGUUGAAUAUCUAGACGAUGAAGUAGCGGAAGAACACCAAAAGAAGGAGAAAAAAAAACGCAAAGCAGCUGCCGCUAAAUCGUCUAAGAAAGCAAAAGCAGUGAGCAUCAAACAAGCGCCGCAAGUUGGCAGAAAGAGGAACUACAGGAUGUACACCGAGGCGACCCUCCGUCAAUGCGUCGAGGAAGCAAUGUCAAGCACGGAGCCUCUGUCCAAGGUGGCGGCGCGUUACGGCAUCCCCAGGAAAACUCUGAUCGCUAGAGUAUACAACAUCAAGCACGGGCUGAAACCUGAAACGCCUAAAGAAAUCGCGACGCAUAUGAACAACGAGCGACACUACCAAUUCGUGCAAGAAAUCACGAAGGUGCUGUCCCUCACCGACGCUGUCCCUUUCAAGGUAAAAUCCGCCAGGUACUUCUGUGCGUUCUGCUACACUGCCAGUGAGAGCUUCGAGGACCCCAGCGAACUCAGAGUCCAUACAGCCAGCCACGGACUGAAAGAAAGACUUGACAGACUCGACCAAAUCAUGAGGCCGCCGUUCCUCAACGAAAUGUUACGCGUAGACAUCGAAAUGUUCAACUGCACGGUCUGCCAAACCCGCAUACCGACGUGGAACGAUAUGUUCGUGCAUCUGAAGGAUUUUCACGAUAUUGAACUAGACCAGGUUUAUGACAAAUUGAUUCCGUACAAGCUGAGCGCUCAUAAUGUAGUUUACUGCGCGCUGUGCAACGAAGAUUUCCCGAAUGUAGCCAAUUUGGACUCUCAUAUGAACGCUCACUACUGCAAUUAUGUUUGCUCGGAAUGUGGAGACACUUUUGUUACUGAAAAUCGACUUAAACACCAUAUUAUGAUACACAACACGGGCAAGUUUUCGUGCGGGCAUUGCGGGAAGACGUUCUCUUUGGAGAAGUACAAGAAAAAACACGAAGCGAUGGUGCAUAAAGAAGCUAAGUUGUUCAAAUGCGCGGAUUGUGGCGAAGCGUACCAUUCUGAGUACGAAAGGCAUUUGCACAUAGUCGAAAAACACAAGGAGAAGGUGCGGAUGUCGACCUGCGAAUUCUGUGGGAAGACUUACGAUUGGAAGCCAUACUACAUGGCCCAUUUGAGGAAAGUUCACCACAAAGUGAAGAAUUAUAAGUGCAAUUAUUGUAACAAAAGUUUUCUUAGCGGACACGAAUUGAAAAUGCACGUGCAAAGGCACACGGGGAAAGGCAAGCAUGUGUGCAUGUUUUGCGAGAAGAAUUACGUCACUUUCACCGAGCUGAAGAAGCAUAUGAAAAAGCACGCCGCUGAGAUAAUGUACGUGGACGAAGAUAGCGUUGUAGUGAGCCAAAGCUAAUUUUAAUAGUGUGAGUUACAUUUCAUACAGCGCCAUCUAGUUCCAAACCAAGCAAAGCUUGUACUUUUACUGUGGACCUUUUCACACUUGAAGUUACGUGUGGUACAAAAUGUACAUUUUGUUACGACCUAAUGAAUUUUUAGAUUUUCUAGUUUAAUUUACUUAUAAUUUAGUAACUAAGGUGCAUUGGAUUCUAGGACGUGUAUAGAUCGUUUCAUCCACGAAGACGCGCCCACCAUUCUUCCGCCAAUGUUUGAGUGUUAUCGGUACACGCUAAAUCAUCCAUGAGUGCACACGCACACUACAAUAAUGACUCCCCGACCAAAAAUUGGUGAAUAUAUUUUUGAAUAAUUCGAAAAAAAAAACGAAUCAAACAGUCUCACACUACAGAGGGUUUAUGAAAAGCGAAAAAAAUGUUACUGUUCCAUAAAAUCAAAUGAGUUUGGGUUCUGUCUGUACAUGAUAGUUAAAUGUGUGUACUAUUCAUAAUUUAUGCUCAAUAAAAUUAGAUUGAUUAAAAAUCCGUCUGAAUGAAAAUUU